AUGGCUACUAGUAAUCGGAUAACACCAGCUCAAAAUACUGUUAAAAGUCUUGUGAUUGAUCCAGAUAAAAUGCCUGCCGCUUCAGCUCCAGUUGAACUUCCUGGCCCAGAUGAUCGCUUAGCUGAAUUUCGGCGAUAUGUGAAAAGUAAGUUCUGCUAUCACCCAGUGGCACUUGAUGAUGCUAGUGUUAUUACUCAAGCAAAAAAGGAAGCCUAUAAAGCUGAUAUUUACACGCUGAUAGAAGAAAGAUCGUUGGAGUGGAAAGAAAAGCCUUACGGUGAUGAGAGUUAUCCAGCACAAGCUGUUUCUAUUUUUGAUGACCCCUUUGAUAUUCCUCAAACGAUACUCACCUCAAAGAUGAAGAUUCAUUGUGACUUACCUAGGUCAUUCAAUAAGUUACAAUGUGUUGACUGCAAAGGUAAUGGUAGUACACAGUGUUCGAUGUGCUUUGGAUCAGGCAAAGAUAUUUUAUCCAGUAGAAAUAGGAGAUGCAGGGUAUGCAGUGGCACUGGACGUAUUGCUUGCGGUCGCUGUAAGCAAGUUGGUUCAGUUCUCCUAUUUGCUCGCAUAUCCGUUACCUGGAAUACUGUUCACUCAGUUUCUUACUUUCAAAACACAUUCUUGCCUGACAAACGCAUAAAGCAAGCUGGUCUCAAGCAAGCCUUCUUUGAUAGAGACGAAGAAUGGUCCAAAGAAAAAUCAUUGAAUCAGUUUGCGCCUGCUUUAAACUUAUGCCAGACUAUUGAAAAAUCAAGUGCAGUACAAUUUUGGCAAGGCAUUGAGCAGCAGUAUUUGGAAAAGCAUUUAAAAAAUGUGAAAGAAAAUAUGCAAAUACGACGAAUGCAAAUCACCGUCGAGAAAUUAGACAUAACAGAAACAGACUAUUCAUUGGGCGCGUAUGUCAACAAGCGGGAGCCACGAAAAGGUUCAGUAAAAAUACAGCAGAUAAGAAUUUCGGAAUGAGCAAUUUACUUUUUAAUUUUUAGGGGAGAAAAUUUUCACGUUUCUACAAUAUGGAAGUGAUAAACAAGGCCUUCCUGAAAUAUAUGAGGACGAUUACCCUUUAGCAAUGUGUGGCUGUGUGAGUGCAGGAUGCGCCUGUCAAUCGUGCGCUUGUACUAUCACUUAACGAAAUGGGUUCUCCAUUCCCGAUUUUAUGAAACGAACGAUCAAACUUUCACGUUCAUGUUUUUCAAUUAUUUAGUUGAUUAAUUAUCUCUGUCAAAACACUAAUCGAAUUGUCCCACAUCAAUACGAGCUUCUUUAGUCUCUUGAUUAUCUUCUUUCAGUAUCAGAAUAGCACGAUUAUUUGCACUUUGACGAGUGAAUCAUAUCUGUUUAAAAUUUCACGGCUUGAUUAAAAUGUCAAUACCCUAUUCAAUCGUAGCACUGUUGAACAAGUUUAUAUCAGCACGAAGCAGCAUUACUGUCAUUAUAUAAGAUGCUCAUAAAACAAAAGUUGAGUGAAAAAUGAUCUUUGUUUCCAUUUAUAUAAUGUAUCGUUAGAUAGCACUCAUCGAGCUGAUCAAGGAUGUUACAUAUGUAAGUAGGGAUGCAACGGUGACAGUGGAUUGCCAAGAUGUAGGUAUCCGUACUGGUUUAGAGUAAACUUUAACCCAUACUCUCAAGCUAGCCUCUGUGUGCAACUUUUCACCGAACAGAAUUUUGAAGUUCCAUCCUAUUUAUUGUGCAUGAGCCUUUUAGUGGACAUAGUGUUCAAAAUAAGUAUAAAAGGUGACUUACUCGACAGUUAAUUCCACUGUUCUAAAUCCAAGAAUCAUAUAUGAAGAAUUCGUUCGAUCAAAAGUUAGCUCUCAUUGAGACCUCUAAAACAAAAAAAGGAUCGGUUAUACCCUGAGAGGAAGGAGUGGGAGUUCUUUCAAUUUUCCUGUCUGGAAACCAUGUGUUGAGAAAACGCUAAAGAAGUUUUCGAAAUGAACUUUUUAAUGCCAAUCCCAAAGAAAAUCAUAUUAGAAUGCCAUAUUUUUAAGAGGAUGCCCUCUGUUUUAGCUAUCUGUAGUUCUCGAAGAGGAUUCAACCAUUUAGUCUGAAAAUUCCACCACAGAUAGAGCAUCUAAAUUGACGAGACAUGUGCUUGAGAGAAAAAACUCGACGAAAAUUUUAGGACCAUUUCCUGAAAAACUUUGGUUUUCCAUAGGAUCACACCGAGGCACAUUAUGACCCCAUUAAACUUAGUCCUAUGGGGCUAAAACGUUUUUGAAGAUACUCCAGACUAUAUGUCAGAGGUAGCUUUAAGCUUUUUCAAAAAUCUCACUUUCUUUUCUUUUUUCAAUGAGGAAAAUGCAUAAAAAUUCAUAUCCAAAGCCGGCAGUUGGGUUUCCGAAACCUUGUAAAUUCGGACAGAAAGCUCAAAACCGAAAAUGGCCGAUUUUUCUCUGGAUAAUAGUUUCAACUAUUUAUGAUAAAAAUUUCACCUUAAUCGGACAAAGUCAGAUGGCGAUCGCAAGCCGGAUAGAUUGAGAACACUCAUGUUUUGCGUUACAGUAAGUAGAAGAAAAGAAUUUCAACAAGAGUAUUGUGAAGAAAAAAAUUGUCUAAUUCUGUAACUGUGCAACAGUAAGCUGUUUAGAGACGGAUGAUGUCUCUAAUUUCAUAUGACACUUAAGGCUAUCAUAUGUUAUGUCCAGCUUGAAAUCAAGCUUUUCGUCAAAGAAGAUAGGAAGUAACCUUAAUACAUUUCAGUGGAUUUUUUCAAAGCACGUAAUAGAUGAAGAUAGUUAACGCCAUCUGUCAUGCUGGUUAAUAUUAACCCUUUGGAGACGGGUUUUUUUUUCUGUAUAUUUCAUCAUAAAUCAAUCAACAUUUCUAUUUUCUAAAAGAACUUGAUAAAGGGUGGGGAGUGGGUGUGGUUGUGGGUGCGAGUGUGGGUGUGGGUGUGGGUAUGGGUGUGGGUGGGUGUGGGUAUGUUUGAAGAUAAGAUCAACCCACCCACACCCACACUCACCCCAUCCCACACCCACACACCCACACCUACACCCACCUACACCCACACCCAAACCCACCCACCCAUCCACACCCACACCCACACCCACAUCCACCUACACCCACACCCAAACCCACUCACCCACCCAUCGACACCCACGCCCACACACACCCACACCCACACCCUCACAUAGCCAUAGCGUCAUACCGCAACAGUAGAAGAGGAAAGGAAAGAAGAAAAAAGGAUUCGCAUGUAGAACAGCACCUAACAUGUUCCUAUAUAGAGAGCAACGUUGCUGACAAGGAUUCUAGAUUAUAGAGCUUUUUCUCUGAAAGUCAGUUUUGUUAUAUUUAUUACCCAUUACUGGAUAUUUGAAUAAAAUAACCUAAUUGCAAUCCAAAUUGUACCAAAAAGCUCUCUGAUAAAUGCUUUCACAAAAAUCAAUCUCACAUAGGAAUCUGUGUGUUUUGAAAUGCUAGAGAAUCACCAUGGCCCCUUAAGGGGCCAACCGUCCCCAAAGGGUUAAAAUGUUCAAUUCAAUGCUGAUGCCAGUAACAACGUAGUUUUUCUAAAAACAGAAAAGUUUAAAAAGAACUCAUGUGGUCAAUAAUGUAAAAUAAUGGACAUUAUUUUACAUUAUUUUUAAGAAAUAAUGUAUGAAAUGUAAUUAUCAUGCAACCUAUUUCA